UUGAGACCCUCCAGGAUAAAAUCGUACCACUCAUCACCCACUUUGCAACCAGCCCCACAACAAGAUGAGAAUGAGUUGAGACAAAGAGUUGGUGAAAUAAAAGAUGAAUUUCAAACAUGGAAAAGGGAAUCUGAAAACAUGAAAGAAGAAACCCAAAGAGAAAAAGCUCAUCCUUUAGGGAGGAGUGGGCAGCUGGCAGCACCCUGGGAACAUUCUGGAGAUGAGGGUCUUGCUCAAGAACUCAGAGUGUCAGAUUUAGUUUCGAAAUGGGAAACCUUCAGACCCUCCAGGAUGAAAUCGUCCCACUCAUUACCCACUUUGCAACCAGCUCCACAACAAGAUGAGAAUGAGUUGAGACAAAGAGUUGGUGAAAUGAAAGAUACAUUUCAAACAUGGAAAAAGGAACCUGAAAAUCUUAAAGAAGAACCGCAAAGAAAAAAAGCUCAUCCUUUAGGGAGGAGUGGGCAGCUGGCAGCACCCAGGGAGCGUUCUGGAGAUGAAGGUCUUGCUCAGGAACCCAGAGUGUCAGAUUUGGUUUCACAAUGGGAAACCUUCAGACCCUCCAGGAUGCAAUCGUACCACUCAUUACUCACUCGGCCACCACCCCCACUGGAGCAUGAAAAUGAAUUUCAAACAUGGAAAAAGGAACUUGAAAACCUCAAAGAAGAACUGCAAAGAGAAAAAGAUGAGAAUGCUAGGCUAACCAAAAAAAUAAAAGACCAAGAAGAGGACAAGAAGAAGUUAGUCUGCUCACUUAGAGAACACCAAGAUAAACGUAAUGAAUGGGAAAAUGACAUUGAUGGACUGAAACAAGACCUGGAAAAGGAAAAAGACGAGAAUGCUAAGCUAACCAAAAAAAUAAAAGACCAAGAAGAGGAGAAUAAGGAGUUGUUUUCCAUGCUUGAAGAACAAUAUGAUAAACUUAAUAAAUGGGAAAUGGAACUUGAUGGACUGAAAAAGGACCUGGAAAAAGAAAAAGCAGGUAAUUCCAGGCUGCAGGAUGACAUAAAAAAACUCAAAGACGCAAAAGAAAGCAAAAAGUGAACUGGAG